AUGGUGUCUACAGGUCUUGCAAGUUUUCUACUUGUUCUUGCUGUUUCUUCUUCCUUGAUCUUCUUUGUCACUGAAGCACAGAGGCCUGCUAUAGUGAAUGGUCUUUCAUGGUCAUUUUAUCAGUCUCGUUGCCCUCAGCUUGAAUCCAUCAUUAGAAAGGGGCUUGAAAAACAGAUCAAAGAUGACGCGGGCCAAGCUGCUGGAAUGGACAAAGCACCGAGCAGUGUAGAUUUAUACGGAAACGGAAGGACAGUCUCUGUCCUGGGAUGUGAUAGUUCAGUGUUGCUGGAUGGAUCAGCGGGAGGGCCAAGUGAACAGACUGCAAAUCCUAAUUUGACACUAAGAAAGAAGUCAUUCAAGAUCAUUGAUGAUCUUAGGAAAAGGAUCCAAGCUAAAUGUGGCCAAGUUGUGUCUUGCUCUGAUAUUACUGCCAUUGCUGCCAGGGACUCCGUUGUCUUGAAAAAAAGGACUUUCCUGAAAUUAAGACUGGAUCAUGGUGGGAAAAUUUCAUAA